AAUGGCUUCUCCGAUAUGACCAGCCUCACGCGGCUGGAUGAGAAGACAGUGCUCAACAACCUGGAGAAACGCUUCAAGCGCGAUAUCACAUAUACAUACAUCGGCAGUGUGCUAGUGUCUAUCAACCCAUUCCAGGCCAUUGACGGCCUCUACGACAACAAGGCACGCUUUCACGAGAAGAGUCUGGGCGAUCAAGCCCCGCAUGUGUACGCAAUUGCCGAGAAGGCGUACGCGUCUAUGCUAACCAGCGCACAGAACCAGUCGUUUGUGAUCAGCGGCGAGAGUGGGGCGGGAAAAACGGAGACCAUGAAGCAGAUCCUGAACUACCUGUCUGAAGCUUCAACACGUGCACAUGAGGGUGUAGAAG